CUGAGCGAAGCGAACCGGCGGCUUCCCGCCCGCCCUCCCUGCUGCUCCCCCCGCCGCCGCCGCCUCUCCUCCCCGGCCUCCCUGAUGCCGAGGGAUGGAUAGAGCGGCUGCCCUGCGAGCCGCCGGCAUGCUGGAGAGGAAGGAGCGGAGCGGCGGCGAGGCGGCGGCCGGCAGCGGCGCGGGGCCCCGGGCGGGCGCGGCGACGCGGGGCUUGCCGGCCGUGCGGAGCACGCUGCAGCAAUGCGGGCUGCUGCAGGACCUCAUCGACAUCUCGCUCUCCAACCUGCGCGGGCUCCGCACGAAGUGCGCUGCGUCCAACGACCUCACCCAGCAGGAGAUCCGCACGCUGGAGGUGAAACUGAUUGACUACAUCCACAGACAACGGCAGUGUAAGCUGAGCGUGCCCCUGAGUGACAGGACAGCAGAGCUCAACAGCUACCCAAGAUUCAAUGACUGGUUAGACAUUGUCAAUGUGAGAAAAGAAGUUGUACAGAGAAUACCAGAGGAGAUAACCUUAGAUGCCUUACUAGAAAUGAAUGAGUCCAAGGUGAAAGAAACAAUGAAGAGAUGUGGUGCCAGAGAUGAGGAGUGCUCCAGACUCAAUGGGGCACUGAGCUGCUUACGGAAAGUGACUGAAUCAGGUGGGGAGUUAAAAGAUGAUGUGCUGAUGAACCUCUCUGAGGCACGCCGAGAGAACAGCUCGACAAACACCACCGACUCCCCCUGCUCCUCUGCCCCCACAUGGAGCCCUUCUGCGCUGCACCUUCCCAAGGGCACCAGCCAGCAGGCACGUUCCGUGUCAGUAUCUACAAUCCCAGCUUCGGAUUCUCUUGCCUCCAGUCACGGACCUUCUAUCUAUGCAGAAAACCUCCUGGACCCUUUUGCAUUCCCCACACACAGUGGAAGGUUAACACCAAGGACUCCUCACAGCAUCACCAUCACUCCACCAACCACUCCUCAAACCAAGAGAAGGCAUAAGUUGAAGCCACCACGGACUCCUCCUCCCCCUUGCAGGAAGGUUUUUCAGCUGCUACCUAACUUCCCAACCCUCACCAGGAGCAAGUCCCACGAAUCGCAGUUGGGAAACAGGAUAGAUGAAGUUCCUCCAAUAAAGUUUGAACUCUCCCAAGGAUCCCCUCAAACGGUACGAAGAGACUUUGGCUUAGCUGUAACACACAGGUUCUCUACAAAGUCUUGGUUAUCUCAGAUUUGCCAAGUCUGUCAGAAAAGCAUGAUGUUCGGGGUGAAGUGUAAGUACUGCAGAUUGAAAUGUCACAACAAAUGUACUAAAGAGGCACCUGCUUGUAGAAUAUCCUUCCUUCCCAUAACAAAAAUAAGAAGAACAGAAUCUGUCCCUUCUGAUAUCAAUAAUCCCGUAGACAGACCAACAGAGCCACAAUUUGGAACUCUUCCCAAGGCACUAACUAAAAAGGAGCAUCCACCAGCAAUAAAUCACCUGGACUCCAGCAGUAAUCCUUCUUCCACAACCUCAUCCACACCAUCUUCUCCAGCACCUUUCCAGUCUUCCAACCCUCCCAGUGCGACACCUCCUCCAAACCCAUCUCCUAUGGGCCAGAGAGAUGGACGAUUUAACUUCCCAGCUGCCUACUACAUUCAGCAUAGACAACAAUUUAUCUUCCCAGAAAUUCCCAGUCCUGCACAAAUAGCCCAGCCUCCAGAAACAGCUGCAGACACUAAUGCUGAUCAACAGCCAGAUGCAGAUGGAGUUGAAUGUGAAGCAGAGGUGGAAGAACCAGAAGCAAAUAAAUCAGAACCUGAAGAUGAUGAGGAUGAGGUGGAAGAUUUGCCAAACAGACGGCCACACUUGCAAGGGAUGAUUUAUCGCAAGCCUAGCCAGACCAGUGUCUACCUGCAAGAAUGGGACAUUCCCUUUGAACAGAUUGAACUGGGGGAUCCUAUUGGCCAAGGACGUUGGGGCAAGGUUUACAAGGGAAAAUGGCACGGGGAAGUAGCCAUCAGGCUGUUGGAGAUAGAUGGGAACAAUCAGGAUCAUCUCAAGCUCUUCAAAAAGGAGGUGAUGAACUACAGACAGACCCGGCAUGAGAACGUGGUACUUUUCAUGGGAGCAUGUAUGAACCCCCCUCAUUUAGCAAUCAUUACCAGCUUCUGCAAAGGAAGGACACUUCACUCGUUUGUAAGGGACCCCAAGAUAUCCCUGGAUAUUAACAAAACCAGGCAGAUAGCCCAAGAGAUCAUUAAGGGCAUGGGGUAUCUUCAUGCAAAGGGGAUUGUCCAUAAGGAUCUGAAAUCCAAGAACGUUUUCUAUGACAAUGGGAAAGUUGUGAUCACUGACUUUGGAUUAUUUGGAAUUUCGGGUGUGGUUCAGGAAGGAAGGAGGGAGAAUGAAUUGAAGCUGCCUCAUGACUGGCUAUGCUACCUGGCCCCUGAAAUUGUUCGUGAGAUGGCCCCUGGGAAGGAUGAGGACAAGCUGCCUUUCUCCAAAGCUGCAGAUAUCUAUGCCUUUGGGACUGUGUGGUAUGAGCUCCAAGCAAGAGAAUGGCCUUUCAAGAACCAGCCUGCAGAGGCACUCAUCUGGCAGAUUGGAAGUGGAGAAGGAGUAAAACAAGUCCUUGCCACUGUUAGUUUGGGGAAAGAAGUCAAUGAAAUUCUCUCAGCGUGCUGGUCAUUUGAUCUCAGCGAGAGGCCGAGCUUCACUGUCCUCAUGGAUAUGCUUGAAAAACUGCCAAAAUUGAAUCGGCGGCUCUCCCACCCAGGGCAUUUCUGGAAGUCUGCUGACAUUAACAGUAGCAAAGUUGUCCUGCGUUUUGAAAGAUUUGGCUUGGGAAUCCUGGAACCAAGUAAUCAAAAGAUAUAGCAUGGUGUGUAAUUGUCUUGUGAUAAUGUUGUCUGCCUGCUUACACAAAGCAUCCGAAAUCUUCACUGAAUCUUCCAAGCUCUGAACCUGGUGCAGCCACAGCUGAAAGCUGAGUGACCAUCAAUCCACAGUCCUGGGCUGUUUGCAAAGUCUGAAUUCUGCCUGAGCACCAGCAGUUAUUUGAAGAAUGUUUACAUGAUACUUUUGUGUGAACUAUAUUUUUUUAAAACAUAAUAAACAGUGAAUCAAGUUUAACUACAGCCAUUCUCAGAGAGCACUAAAAAAAAGAACUAUUUCUAGUUCCUUCUUGUGUCUGUGAUAAACAGGAACUAUCUUCUGCCUUCAAAGCAUUUGUUUUCCUUAAGAGAAGGGGAACCUGCCUGUUCAGAAUGGGAACACAUCUAGUACAAGGGGUUGGAGUUCCAGAUUGCAUUUUUCUUUCAUUAAGGUAAAAGUGAUGUAUUUUACUGUGAUUUGCCCAAACCAAUCAUUGAGCUCUGGGUUACCUGACUCAAGUUAAACCAGUACAAAUAUACCACUCAUGGGAGCGUUUUUGAUGGUGUAGGCUCAAGUGCUCUUCUACACAGAACUCACAACAAAAGCUGCUUGUUCUCAUACAAUCCUGUAGGAAGCUGGCCCUUAAAUAACAACGUGACUUGUUAUAGCUCUGUCCACAGGGGACAAAUGCUUCUUUUGAAGUUUUAGGCACAACAGGUUCUAGUUCCCUAAACAAGCAGCAUUUCUGGAAAUACAACACUGAUCAACCAGACUCAACUUUCACUGCCCCCAUCACAUUUGUAGAAGAAAUUACACAAACAGUGUUUCCACCUCCCAUAGCAAGUCAAAAUAAACUCUGCAAGCUGCUUGUUUGAAAACUUUAGCACUAAAGCAGUUGUUUUGGGGAAAGCUUUAGAACGACAGAAAACUCUCAACCAGGAAGGUUACACCUGGGUCUAGAGGACCUGGCUCAGCCCAACAGCUCAGACUUGUUUCAAAGGCUAAUUUUAAGACAAAAAAACACCACAGCACCUGUCCAAUAUGUAAUACGCAGAUUAUAAAGGAUACAUCUGAUCACCACAUGAAAGGUGACAGAUGCAUCAUCCCAUCUGCAAAGGAAUUACAAGCAGUGUUAGCAAAGGCUCCCUCAUGCCUCCUGUUCAUGUUUCUCUACCUUCUGCCAGCCAGGACAGUGGGAGAAUGCUUGUUAUGCAAUGAACAUUCAGCUGCUUUCUGGCCUUACAGUACUUGGUUUUGUUGAGACUCCCUGGAAGUCACUAGAUUUCAUUUCUCCAACAGCACCAAUGUGUUACACCCUCCCCUCCACACCUUUCACUGUCAUCACGAGGGUUUGCUGUGGGGAUCACAGGGAGGAGUCCUCUGAAGUCUUCUGCAAGGUGACAGGCACACAGUUUGGCUACUCAGGGGUGGCUGACUGCUGUAGAAAACUAAGUGGCAAAAAUGUUUGAGCAGAGAGCUCCACUCCUACUAUGUGCAAGUUGGUUGUAUUCUCUUACAAAUGUUUUGACAGAGUGAAUUUUUAAGUAUGUCUUGGAUAUUAAAGAAAGAAAUGGGGUUUUUUGGUAGCCAUGCGUGGCACUGUGGUACUCUUUUGACCUCCUUCCUCUCCCCCACCUUCACACAGCAAAUAAACCCGCUCCAACUCUACUGUGUUCUUCACCUACACCACUUGGUUCUCUUCAAGACUUUCUAUGCUUUGUUCUCUCAUCAUUUUGUGUCAGCAGUUUGAGCAGAAGUUUUAUCCCAGCAAGUGCUGCCUAACUAACAACAGCACAACACAAACCUAAGGCAGGGAGAACACGGGUCUUUGUACCUGUAACACGAGGAACCCACUGGCUGAAACCGUCUGCAGGGCUUCCCUGGGCAUCUUGCCUUGGAGAAGAGCAGGAGCUGCUGCUGGAUGCAAAUUGUUGCUUUGUAGCCUUCAGCUAAGGCUGUGCUUGAGGGUGGCAGCAGCCUUGGUGUGUUUCUCACUAUCUAUUUCUGCUGUCUGUGAGCGGGUCCUGAAAGCUGGGACACCUUGAAAUUCUCUCUGUGGGAACCAGUUGCAAACAGACAGCAUUCUUUGCCUGUUCUGUACAGUAACAUUGCUGUACAAAUAAUAACUAUGCUGGGAAAGCAAGAGAGUCUCAAUUUUUUUCCUAAGAUGACUGGCUAGGGAAGAACAGCCAGCACUGGAUGACCAGCCAGAUGAAAACAAAGUAACUGAAAAACCAACAAAAUCCUAUCACCAUUUGUCAUUCCCACAGUUGCCCUCAGGUAUAAUUCAAACAGUGUCUGUGAAGAGUCCAGACACAGAGCUCUGUUCCCCACUGCUUUUAGGCAGGGUCACUCACCUGAAACCUCUCGUCCCUUUGUGCUGCACUUUAAACUGUGCUGAACACCACUGGGAGACUUAUCCCUGCUGAACACUGCCUGGUGGUGCCCCACUGGGAAUACUGCCCUGCCACUCCCCUCCAGAGGCAGGAGGGGGUUCCAAAACCUGCCUGUAAGCAUGAGUUUUGGGAUUCUAAUUCAACCCGACCUUGGUUUUAACACCCAUCAAUUGCUCUUGAAAGCAAACCCCAGCCUCCUGGACCCUGUGUAUCAGAGAGUACUGGCUCAUUACUGUCUCUAGGAUAAAUUUUGUUUUAAUCAGCUGAUGUAAGACACGUUUGUACAGCUGUGAGAAGAGCAGAGCUCUCUGACCCCUCAACACUUUGCAAACCAAGCAACAGUUGUGCGGUUGCCUUGUUCUGUGGUCACUGUCCUGUCUCCUUCCUGGUGUGCUGGUGUUAAGGACCUGAAGCACGGUCAGUUGUGGAGUUGUCAAUGUGAAGCUGGCUGUACAAAUGCUGCUACAAAAGCCACACGUCAGUAGUGAAUGUAAAUGGAGUCUGUAAUAUGGUGAAAAUGGACACGUUUUCUUUUCAAAUGUGAUGUAAACUUUGUACAGUAAAAAAAAAUAAUUUUUUUUAUAUUUUCUAUCAACUGAGUGUCUUCCAGAAUUACUAUUAAAUUAAUUAAAAAUUGUUAGUAUUAACAACAGUUUCUGUAUUAGUUUAUGCAACCAGAAAAAAAAAAAAAAAAGAAUAAAAAGAGUGCACUCUAUGCUAAUGAAAUUCUGGAUAUGUAGGAAUCUUUUCAGUGAAUAAAUCUUUGCU